AUGCACAACAAUACACAGGUGUUUAACGAAGAACUGUCAUUAGUUACCAUAUUGAAUUGUUACUUGUCAUGGUUUGUCGAGCUUCAUUAUGCUCCACUGAGUUUACAUUCUCAUUUUGAAAUGACUUCAUCAACAAUUAGUCAAUAUACGGCUACAGCGAGUGUUCAGCGUAAACAAACUCCAAGUAGUGACAGUAGUACAACCUCUUCUAAACAUAGAAUUCGUUCAAAAUCUGAAAUAUCCUACUGCCGUAAACGAUCAAUUGUAGCCGAAAAAAAUGUUCUCGCCAAAUCUGGUCAACAAAUUAGUGUUCUCGAACGUUUGCCAACAUUGUAUCGUGAUGCACUAUUACCAUUGAAUGUUAACGAAGCAAAAGAUCAAUU